AUGCUGAGCCCAGCCCCAUUACCGGCGAGGGCGGCCUCAGGGAGGAGUACAGCCCGGGAGCUCGGUUUCGACCCCGCCAAGAUCAAGCCCAAGAACCCGGUGCGCCCAAAGAAGAUGCAGACCAAGGAGCUUAACAACGGGCGCCUCGCCAUGAUCGGCAUCGCCGGCAUGUUGGUGCAGGAGCUGGUUAACGGGCAGGACAUCCUCGGCUAAACGGAAUGGGAGGAACGGGGUCGCUUUUGCGGCCAAGCCUGACCGUAAAUCGAUCUGUGCAUAGAAGGGAGACGACCCAACAAGCGAACUGCUGCUUUGCAUACAUAUACGUGUUCGUUCCUUGAGAGAACGAAUUGAUGGGUGUUAGCACUGCACUGGUAAUAGAACAAGGAAAGAACGGACACACGUGUGUGUGUCUGUUGGAUGUAUUUUAUCUUUUCAGUACAUGGUGACCCUCCACGUGUAACGAACCCUGAAUAGAUUUCGGCUGGUUCUUUUGGCUGGCGUGGCGAUUCCAUGCGUUCAUUUGGUGCAUACCGUUGGUCAAAGAAGGGACAUGAUGUGUCCUGGAAACACACGUGUAGUUAGAAACGUUACUUACUCGUGCAGUCCUUGUUGAAUGGCAUAUCCUAGGUUUUCAGAGUAAAAGAAAGGGGCCCAGAAGGUGGAGGGGUCGUGUAAUCUGACCGGAUGCAUUUUGAUCGUGUGUUAGCAGACGUGCAAGAUUGUCAUACACCCGCUCUGCCCUCUUUGUGGAAGACUACAGUAUAGUAUUGAGCCUAAUUUAGAAUGGAGUGUAGCCAAUAGUUCGCACGUGGUUCCUGCGGCGCGCUUUCUCCGACAGCGACUAGACUUGUGACGGAGACACACACACAACUCCGUAGACUGAUUCAAGUGGUAGUGUCGCGCCCGUGGGAAAGAUAUGAUGAGUGGUGACUGUCGGUGUGGGCACGGUAUGUAAAGUGUAGAGGUUUAGGGUCUGUCGGGUGACUUUUCCCCGGAAGAAGCCAAUUUUGC